UUGGCCUUUUGGUUUGGGGUACAAUACCAUACGCUGAAAGGGUGAGGUCGUAUCUUCAUCCCCCUACUAUGGCUAUCCCGCUACAAACACAUCACCCUCCUUCUCUACCUUCACCGCGUUACCCUUAUCUCUUCCAAAACCAUAACCCUAACCCUAACCCUCUCCAUUCCUUCCUUAUAAUCCCCACCAAAUCCCCAUUGCGAUUCUCCGGGCACCGGAAUUUCACACACCGCUCGCCGGCGUCGCUCACCGCAGCUGCACGCCGGGAACCUUCAGAAACGACGCCGCUCAAGUUACCUCAGGCUCUCGUGCGACUCGCCGUCUCCGCCGCGCUGUUUCUCUGCCUCGGCAUUCGCGCGUGUUCGGCCUCGUCGCUGCCACUAACCGCCACGGUUCAGCAGGAGCAGCAAACUGUUCAAGACGAUCAAGGUGGAAGUGAACAUAAUGACGAAGAAAUGGUCGCAGAUGAUCAAGGUGGAAGUGAGCAUAAGGAUAACGAAAUGGUUGCAGAUGAUCAAGGUGGAAGUGAACAUAAUGACAAAGAAAAUGUAGUAGAUAAGGAAUUAGAAGAAGCUUUUAAUACUUGGAAGUCUAAGACAUACUCAUUGACUGUUCCUUUGAAAGUUAUUGCUCUACGUGGCUCUAUGCCUCCUUCAUGGAUCAAGGAUUUCAUCAGUUCUCAAGGGAAGAGAAUGAAGUUUAACGUCAAGUAUUAUGCAAGUCUUGAGGAUAUCUUUUCUGGUCUAUCAAUUCCCUUUGCUAAAGGAAAUAUUGGCCCAGAAUCUGCUUUAGCAGCUGAUAUUGUCGGUGUUGGGGAUUCAUGGCUCAAGUAUGCCAUUAAUAAAUCAAUUAUUGAGCCAAUACGAGAUGUGGAAAAUCAGGAAUGGUUUAAAAGCUUAGAUGAAAAAUGGAAGGUAUACCUACGCAGGAACUGUGAUGGAGAAAUAGAUCCUAAAGGUGAUAUAUGGGCUGCUCCAUAUCGAUUGGGCUGCAUGGUUAUAGCAUACAAGACAAAUAAAUUUCAAAAACAUAAGUUGGCUCCUAUAGAGGACUGGGCAGAUCUGUGGCGGCCUGAUCUUGCAGGAAGGAUUUCGAUGGUUGAUUCUCCAAGAGAAGUUAUUGGCGCGGUUUUGAAGUAUAUGGGGGCUUCAUACAACACAAAUGACAUUAAUUUGGAAGUCAAUGGUGGGAGAGAUGCUGUUAAACAUAAUUUGGCUUUGCUUGGAAAACAGGUUCGACUCUUUGAUAGUGCGAACUAUCUAAAAGCUUUUGGAGUUGGAGAUGUGUGGGUAGCUGUCGGAUGGAGUAGCGAUGUUAUUCCUGUUGCUAAACGCAUGUCUAAUGUUGCAGUUAUUGUUCCAAAGUCUGGAGCGAGUUUAUGGGCAGAUCUUUGGGCAAUUCCUGCUGCUUCUGGGAUUCAGACGGAUCGGAUUGGUGGGCGCAUCAGGGGGCCAUCCCCACUAAUCCAUCAGUGGAUAGAGUUUUGUCUGCAAUCCGCAAGAGCACUGCCCUUUAAGCAGGAGGUGGUCCCAGGUGCCUCUCCCUCUCUUCUUCAAGGUCAUUCCGCCAAUGUGUCCGUCGAGUUCAAUAAAGGUAGGCCGAGGCUAAAUACCAAUCUCAUUGAGGGAGCACCCCCACCAGACAUUGUAGAAAGGUGUGAGUUUCUAGAGCCAUUGUCUAAUUCAACAGUGUCAGAUUACCACUGGUUGAUUGCCUCUAUCCAGGAACCUGGCCAUGGAUUGAUACACAAAAUGCAGCAAUAUAUUGCAUCAGUGGUUAAAUUUUCUUGGGGGUUUAAUUCAAAGGUUACCUGAAUUGAGUUAGUUACUGAUGAAUACGUAUCAACGAUUUUUGAUUGACCAGAAACUUCAAAACUACAAUGUAAUUAACUCUUGUGGAGGUUCACUUUCAAGGUUACAGAUUGAGAGGCUGUUGUUAAACCACAAA